AUGUCGUUAUCAUCGAACGACUCUGCCAAAAAGCUCACUCGGACAAGAGAGCGCAAACCCCGUGGCCGAGGCCUCCGCACGCGAACAGGAUGCCUCACUUGUCGGAAGCGUCAUUUGAAGUGCAACGAGGCUAAACCAGUCUGCGGGCCUUGUACUCGAAGUAAUCAUUCUUGCGUUUAUGCAGACCCGUGUGCCCCUCAUCCAGAUUCAACGUCAGCUUCAACAUCCAACUCGGCCUCUAAACAGCCUUCUACCACGCCUUCUUUGUCUAAUUCUGUCGCUCCUUCAGUCAUCACAAAUCCCGACCUUGAAUACCCAGACACACCGGAGGGCUUCGACCUGGCCCUGAGGACCACUUGGAGCCAUAGGAAUAGCCCCUGCGACGACCCAGCACAGCUUGUUUCUCGAGCCUCCAUCUGGCAGGCGAGAAAUGCCCGCCUUACAUCGGCUCCUCACUCCGUCAAUGGAACCGAAUACGACAGAAUGGGUGGCAUGGCCGCCCACUGGACCCCGCUUUUAGAAGACUUAGAUUCCACUCGCUUCAGUCCGGGUCCUCCGUCGCUGCACAGCGAGAUGAUGUCCCCGUCUGUCCCAUACGGACAUUCAUAUGGACCCGUUACUUAUGCUCGUUCGCGCACGGGCUCAGAAGAUCUCCCAAUUACUUCUCACCCGGCGAGUUCACGGGCGAACCCAGACGCUGCGGUUGCGAAAUGGUUCGGACAGCUGGUGGGCGACACCGAUUUGCAACACGAGGGCCCUCGUCCUGAUGCCGACUGGGUUCGUCGGAGGAGAAGUAUUUCCCAGACGCAACAACCGGAAAUUAUAGACUUGGCUCAAAAUUUUGCGUGGGAGGGCCGACAGUAUUCCCCCCAUCCCAUAGAUGCGAGCGCUGCCGACCCAGGAAUCAGUUCAGGUCGCGUCUCCGAGGACCCGGCCCAAGGAUUAGAGUCGCCUCCUCCUUGGCGGUCCAAGGCGGCAUUGACCAUGAAGCCGCGCGAAGUCGAGAUCUUUGACAACUUCGUCGCUCGGAUCAGUCGUUGGCUUGAUCUGUUCGAUCCCAUGCAAAAUUUCUCGACCCACGUGCCUCAUCUAGCCAUGCAUAAUUUUGGCCUCUUGAACGCCAUCCUUGCUCUUUCCAUCUGUCACCUAUCUCUGACGCCUCGACGCGCCAACAACAUCACUCUCAAUCGAACCGACGCUGUCCAGUAUUACCACGAGGCACUCCGGUACAUCCAGGAUGCGAUGAGACACGAUUCCUACAAUAGAAGCGACGAGCUUCUCGCCACUUGCCUGAUUAUUUCCGCAUAUGAAAUGAUUGAUGGCUCACGGAAGGAUUGGGAGCGGCAUCUCCAGGGAUUCUACCGCCUUCAGCGAUCCCAGCUGAUCCAUGGCGAGUCCAAAGGCAUCAAACAGGCCGUUUGGUGGGCAUGGCUUGGUCAGGAUAUCUGGGCUGCCUUCAGAGAAAAACGCAAACCUUAUACCUCCUGGCAUCCCACCAAGGAUUAUGCCAAUAUGAACCCUUACGAGUUCGCGGCUCGCUCUGUCCACUUGAUGGCAAAAGUGGUGUCGUAUUGCUCUCAGUCCGAGAUUGAGCAAGGCGAGCUCAAUUUCAAGAGCCGAGUAGCUAAGGCCGAUCAUCUGUCUAGCCUGCUCGAUGAGUGGCAUCGACAUUUACCAAUGGAAUUUAAUCCCUUGCCAAUUUCGGCAGAGGCAGACGGAGUAUUCAAACCGAUUUGGGUGCAUCCCCCAGCAUUUAGUAAGUUCUCCGAGCCUCAGACCUAUGAAUAUGACGCGUACUGA